AUGUAUUUAAAUAGAAUCGGUUCAUUUUGUAUCAAUAGUAGUAAAAGAUUAAACUUUUCAACUGGAACCAUAACUUCAUCUACUACUACCUCUGCAACAACAAGUUCGGGUUCUCCUUUUUUUAUCAUUCCACCAUCUUCCUCUUCUACUUCUUCUACUUCAUCUACUUCAUCCCCUCCAUCUGAAUUUAGAAAGAUAACAAACCCACUUAAAUCAAGAUUAAAUGCAUCAACUAUUGUUAUGCAACCUACAACAUCAUUGAUAUUUCCAAUGUUGUUUAAACACUUAUCACCACAAUUGGAACGAGUUGGUAAUCCCUACAAGAUAUUGGAUUUGACAGCAGAUGAAAAAUACUAUUUCAACUUGUUUAGAGAUGUAUUGAUCUAUUUCAAAAGACAAGACGUUCAACUACGGGUUGCUGGUGGAUGGGUUAGAAACAAAUUAUUGGGUAUUCAAGGUGGAACAGAUAUUGAUAUUGCAAUUGAUAAUCUAACUGGUCAUGAAUUUGUUCAAAUGAUUCAAAAAUAUUAUUCUAUAAAUAAUCAAAUUUUAUUUAGAAAUUAUAUAAUAAAAAGUAAUCCAGAAAAAUCAAAACAUUUAGAGACAGCAUCAUUGGUAAUGAAAGAUGGAUUAACAUUUGAUUUUACUGGAUUAAGAUCAGAAGAGUAUGAUGAAUUCUCGAGAAUACCAAAUAUUGUAAAAGGAACAUUGAUAUCGGAUUCACAUCGAAGAGAUAUUACAAUCAAUUCAUUGUAUUAUAAUCUAAUGACAACGAGAGUAGAAGAUUAUACAUUGAUGGGUUUACCAGAUUUGGAAAACAAAAUUGUUAGAACGCCUCUAUCACCAACACUUACAUUGUGUGAAGAUCCACUACGUGCACUUAGAGUAUUACGUUUCUCGAAUCGUUUUAGUUUUUCAAUAGAGUCUCAACUCUAUGAAUCACUUUGUUCCGAUAGAGUACGUGAUCUCCUCGGACUAAAGGUCAGUCGUGAACGUGUACAUACCGAAUUUACAUCAAUGAUGAUGUCCUAUAAACAUGCAAUCCCCUAUUUCAAAACAUUGGUAGAUACAGGUCUCAUCCACUCUAUCUUUCCAACACAAGGUCUCAUCACCACUCAAGAUUGGUACCAAUCUCUCCACUAUCUGGAACAAUCUCAACAUGUCUCCAAUAUCGUCCCAGAUCAAUCCAUUCAAGAAUUUAUUCUAUCUUCAAUCUUUUUACCUUUAAAAUUAAAAUAUCAAAAUCAUCUUGAUGUUUUUAAAAUUCUCCUAGAUUUAAAAUAUUCAAAAAAAAUAUGUUUCAAUGUUUCAAGUACAUUAUUAUCAUAUGAAAUAUUAAAAGAUCCAAUACAAUUGAUAACAUCAAGACCGUUGGAACAUUUAAUAGAUGAUAAUCAAUUGUUUGAGGGAUCAGUGUUGCCAUUAUUAAAAUGGUUGAGACAUAACCAACUAUGGAAGAAUUCAUUGUGGACAGCCCGACUCUAUUUUUACGUCAACCAUCAUCCCGUCCUGUCUCGUGACGAUCAAAUUUGGAUUGACGCCCAACAAAUCAUCGAAAAGGAAAUCAUGCCCAUUUCAAACACCAAAUUUUGUUUUGAAGCUCGAGCUGUAAUGGAUGCCUUGGGUAUUGUAAAUAGUUGUGAUAUAAGACCUGCCAUUGACCAAAUCAUGGUCUACCAAUGGAAAAACAAAUCUACCUCUUUUUCUCUUGAUCAUAUUGUAAAAAAUCAAUUUUUUAAAAUCACCUAA